CUUCGACGUGCCAACAGGAUUUCUUCAUCCCUCCUACGCAAGCAUUUGUUGUCAGCGCCUCAUUUUGCAGCCUGCUGCGCUGUACAACUCGAGGUUUUCUUUUCUCGACACUCGUUCAUCCUCAUCUACUUUCAAGAACCCAUUUUAUUUCCCAGAACUCUGUUUGUAUCCGCUUUUCGCCCCGUACCGAACGACCCCCCUGAGUGACAGCGUCCUGCAUAUGCAACCUGCCCGGGUGCAAGCAUCAACCUAUCUCCUGUUUAUUGUGCAAAGCCUCUCGCCGGAGUCCUGUUGCCAAUUCGCAAAAGCCACUUUUAGCAACCCUAUUCCCUCACGUUACCCUGCAUGCUGCCAAACAGAUGAAAAGGGCCUACGACACCAUCUUGGCCUGAACUCGACACCUUCAUCCGUUUGAACCAUGCCGUUCUUUUCCAAAGUGUUCAAAGGCAAGGAUGGGGCUGUCAAAAAGUCGACUGCGCCAGUCGCAAAUGGCCAUACCGACAAGAAACCUCAGUGGUCCGACGCGUGGAUAAGGACGAGGGUUGAUCCAGAGGAGGUCUCAGAACUACUACACCUCUGUACUGCGGAACUCAAGUCAAGAGCACUCGAUGUUCCUUUCCUUCUACUCCCUUUCCGACCCUCAUCGGAUCCUUCUGCAGCCAGGACGUUCGUGCGCAACUUCUUCCUUCCGCCUCAAGAUCGAGAGCAGCUCAGAGGACCGAUGUUGGAGAAUGAGUUACGCAUGACUGAGGUCAUGGUUUUGAUUAGUGUGAUGAAAUGGUGUUGGGCUCGUCUGCCUGGCGGUGUAGUCACUUGGGAGGUUUACGAAGGAUUCCGUGUGGGAGAGAAAGAUUCUGGUUACACACGAGAUGCCUUUACUACAUUCAUUCCGCUGGGCGCAGAUUCCUCUGCAAGGGGACAGAUUAUCCAGGAUUAUUUCGACUUACUUGCUGCGACUGCUGCGCAUGGCAAGGCAAACGGCUUGGGAGGCCACAAGCUAUCUAGGUAUGCUGGAUGGUGGGCCUUUGAGCACUACGACAGUGGGAAAGGCUUUGAAACUGGGUACAAGUCGUGGGCCAGUGCUGCUGAUGCAACCGCUCAUCUAUUUUUCGCUUUUUUGCGCUCAAUGUCUCCCGACGGUGGAGGAUCCAGUGGCAUUUUGAACCUGCCGAGGUCAUUACAACAACUCCUCGACUCGACAACCUAUCCUCCAAAAAAUGCAUUGCUGUCGAAUAGUACUACGAAAGUAGUCAUGAUUGUUGACGUGGUUUCACCUACGCCUUACGCAUUGCUGCGACGAGCAAAGAACUUUGAAUACAGGGACGAUGAUCGUGGGCUACAACAAUUUGCGAACUACGAUGACCCAGUGGAAGCAUUGACAGAUGAGUGUCGUCGGGUCCUCAAAGCAAUCUCUUCCGCAAACCAAUCCAGCGUUUCGAAUGCCAAGACAUCAACGAGUUUGGUUGAUCCGUCCUGGUCCAGAUUUGAGGAUAUUGGCUUCGGAAGUUCUCUAGACGAAGAGGAAGACGAUGAUGGCGGUCUUCUGGGGCCCAGGCCAGCAAACCCAAGGCCUCUGCGUACUGCUCCUCGCGCAGGCGGAUAUCAGGAUCUUGCUAGGCCGACAACACCAUCGUGGGCAGACUUCCUUUCCUCUGGCUUUGCUGAUGAGAAUGGCAACACCGCCCAUGCACCAAUUCUGCUCCCUCCAGACAAGAUCCUCCCACCCAUUAAUUCCACUAUGGCCAGGGGUCAAAGUUCACAGUCGCAUCGCAGACAUCUUGAUUUACAACCCAACUUGGAACCUGGUGAGCUGGCGAGCAUAACCAGGAUGGCGGUAGAUGAUUCAUUUUGGUGGGUAUGGAUCAGCAGUCUUGCGCCUGAAGAACCAACUUCCCGAAAAGCCGUUUUCGGCCGCUGCGCUCUUAUAGAGACUAUUCUGUCAGAUGGUCAUUGGAUGGUGAUGGAAGAACAAGUCAAGGGAGCUGCCCCAGAGCCAGCAGUCGGCGCUUACAUCGCCGAGACGAAGAAGUCGUUCCUUGGUUUCACAACAAAGCGUGGACGCUUAACUCGGCGCCGCUCGCAAACGAAGAAGAGUCCUCUCUCACCAGGGCCUCAAUUUGAAGGUGGCAAUAGAGCUACCCUGGCACCAGACCAGCAAGCUAAAAUCCAACAAGCUGCAGCCGAGCUCUCGAAGAAGAAGGAAGCCGAAGAACGGGAGAAAGCCGUCUCUGCUCGGAGAGGACGAACCCCGGAUACGGUCAUACCUUCGAAGACCAACAGCAUCUUCACUAUCGGGCCACUCAUUAAGGAUGAGGCUUCGCCAGCACUUCAAUGGGCAAGUCAGUACGACAAGAAAGCUAUCCGGGCUAAGUACCUGGGCGACUCUAUGGCUGGCAAAGGAUCGCGUGAAUUGUUGACUCUUCCGUCGAGCGGCCUCAGUAGAUCUACGUCGACUCUUUCGGUGGUGAGCAAGAAUAAAGAUCUGCCAGCUCCACCUGGAAGCGACUCCCGACCUGCUUUGUCCGCAAGGAGUCAUUCAGAAGAGCCAUCCGAGAGAGCACAACCACAGUCUACGCAUCCUGUUAGUGAUACGCCCCCCAUCGUGGUUGAAUCUGCACCAAUCCCAAUCGAAACUCAGAUCCCCGUCGAGAUCACACCUGCACCUGAGGCGGCAGAGAUACCUCUGCCUCCCGCGACACCUGACAUCAGCCAGGAAGCACCCGCGAAGACAGCUCAGCCGCCCAAACAGCAUGCCAAGUUACGCAAAUCAAGUGACCAGCAGAGAAAAUUGCCAGAGCAGAGAAAAGGAAGGGGAAAGACUCCAACCGGACCACCACCAGUGCAGCAUAAGAGCGGUAUUCGUCGGUUGUUCGGCACCAAGCGAUCCAAGUCGAAGGAAUCCAAAGGGCGAGACAAUAUCCAGUCAGAACAACGUCCUGCUUCCCCGGUCGAAGAAGAUCCUGCAGUUGCUGCCGCGAGACGCGCAUUGGAAGGCCAGCCUGCGCAACCAGGCGACGGACCAACAUCGCCACCUCUUAGUCCGGGUCAUUUUAUGGGAUUGGCUACGGCUAGGCCUCCAAACGCUGUUCAGAACGAGGCACCACCCACUGUGUCGAUGAGCGCGCCUGUGGAGAUGGGCUCGACAUCGCAUCUCCCCAGUCCGGCAGAGCCUCCUUCCGAAGCGCUGGCUGCGCCACCCAGGACACGACGAGACGAAGAGUAUGAUCAGUUGUCUCGCGUCGACACGAAUGAGCGAGAGCAUGCUGACAAGGAAUUUUCGACCUUUGACCAAGGACCAUUACUUGACCAGCCAGCAUUUGUUCCAGUCGAAACGCCUACUCGAAGCGAGUUUGCCACGCCAGCGGAAGAACCACCGGCGCCAACAAUGAACAUAUACUCUGCAGUCACAGUAGGGCGAGAAGAAAGCUCUGCAGAUGAAGAAGGGCCGUCUGAAUCGGCCGACCAGGUCAACCCCACAGAUCGCUGGGCUCAAAUUCGCAAGAACGCAGCAGAGAGAGCAGCAAGACAGUCAGAAGAGCAGACGACACGAAGUCGGACAGAAACCCGCACUGAUGAUGGAGAUACCAGUGGAGAAGAGACAAUCGAAUCACGCGUGGCACGAAUCAAGGCUCGCGUGGCCGAACUCACGGGCAACAUGGAUAAUAGCAGGCGCUAGAUGUCCAAACUACCAACCAUUCUAUUUUACACCAACACACUUACAAUACAUUGUGAUGACAAACAAUUUUCCCUUUUCGUUUGUGAUGAGAUGUUUUACGGGAACUUAUCUUGGGCGCUGGAGUUUGAGCGUUGUCAUGGAGAUACCACUUUGAGCCUAAAAAUGCGAUGAGUUCCGCGAUUCAUCUCAGCGAUUCUAUUCUUGAGUGAGCGUUAUAGCAACCGUCACGCUUGCUGCAGGCCAGCACACCUAAUACCCCCUUCUCUUCGAGUUUUUGUUAGUUGCGCAGUUUGUGGAUACAUCAGAAGGCCUCGUCACGGAGUAUGGAUCAACCGCCAUGAAAAUAGAUGGCCUGGGGUAGUGGGAAGGAAAUCGAGGGCGGGCAGACUGGGAACACAAAGCUGUCCCAGUGCGGCAAGCGAGGGCGAGAGGUGUGGAGAGAUUGCGAGGCAGAUGCAUAACCGAUGGAUGAGAAGGCUAGGUGCUUCGCCGCCGAGGCGGCCAUGUACCUCUCUAUAUUCCAGCCCAAGGGCGAGUAAUUGUCAGAUAGAUAUCGGUGGCAGUGUGGUGGUAGCGCCGAUGGAUUGAAAAUCUCUGCAACGAGUUUCCC